AUGGAUUUUAACUUAAAAAAUAAAUACUCUGAGUGGCUUUAAAGCAAACAGUUUGAAGUAAAAAAGAAUUCAGAUAUAACAAAAGAAAGCUAUCUAAUAGAUAAUACAAAUAUUUUAGUUCAUACUGCACCUUUAAAAAGUUAGAGAUAAAAUUAUGAAUAUUUUCACUUUAGAAAAGUUGUGUUUUUGCCAACUCACCUCUAUGAGAAGAAUACUUUUGAGAUUAAAGUAGGAGAUAAGGUUAUCGAUUUACUAUAGUGUAUGUAUGUUGUUACCAAAUAAAGUUACAUUGAUAACACUGUUGUAAAAAUACAUAUCUAAAAUUUUACUGAUUACACUUAAGAUUUACCUUCUUUUGAAGUAAAUUGCUUAUAAAUGGAUAACAAUAAUUUAGAUGUUCAAGCAGGAAUCCUAGGAGACAAAUAUCUCGCUUUAGUUAUCUAAUCAAUUGGAUAAAUUGAUAUCCAUAUUUUAAAUCUAGACUUAUCUUUGGUUUAUUAAUACAAAAAAGAGCAUUCUAUUGGAAAAAAAGAUACAAGCCAUUUUAAAUAUAAUUGUAUUGAGAACUUUUUUGAUAGCGAGUUAGACUAUCAUGAACCGGGUUUAAUUUACAUUCUAGGUACUUAAAUAGUAAUAAGAAUAGACUUAAACAAUAAGCAAGUUAUUACUAAAGAUUUUAAUGAUUAACAUAAAGUCUUGCUUAGAUUGAUGCCUAUAACAUAAAGUGAGUUUAAAUACUAUUUUAAGAAUGCCAAAAGUAAAUAACUUGAAGGAUAUAAUAUUAAUGAAUAGGAAUUCUUGAUUUUAUUUGUUAUCAUGAAUAAUAAAAUUUAUUAGCUAAAUAAGAAUAAUUUAGAGCUUAUUAGAUAAACUAACAUUAAUAUUGAAAAAGUUUAAAAUAAUUUGAAACCUGUAUUCUCAGCUUUCCCUAUUCCUAUUUCAAUCAAAGAUCGCUAAAGAAAGAAGUUUUCCAAAUGGACUUUUUUGAUACUUAUGAGAAGUAAUUCUUACAUUUUAUCAGAUUGGAGAGAAUAGAAUUUUUUUUAAAAGGAAAUGGAAAAAUAUUAUGGUUUAAAUUAUGAAACAAAUACUUAAAGAAUCUUUCUUCAUUAGGAUAGUAUCUUUGUACUAUUUUAAUUAGAAUUAAUGGAUUAAGGUUGGACAAGAAAAGAUUCAUAAGCCUCGAUACAAAUCAAAAUAUCUAAGAAAAAAGGUGAAAGAAAUUAUGUUAGCAAUUUUUAAGUAAAUUAGUAGACUUAAAAUUUCUACUUUUCUUAAAACUUUUUUAUAAAACACUUCUUUCACCCAAUACUUUACAAAAACGAGUUAACUUAUCCCUGUUAUAUGGAUAAAAAAGUUUAUAAUUCUCUCUUUGUAUCUAAUUUCAUAGGUUUUCAUUCAUUCAAAGAACAAGCAGAGAAACAAGCUUAAUACUAAAUAAAAUAGUUAAAUGACUCUGAUCUUCAAAUGCUAAUAGACACAAAUAUGGAUUUGUUUACUUUCUAAGAUAAUCAAAAAAUUGUGCUUUACAAAAUCAAUUAAAAUAAAAUAACUCCUCAAUAUUUUGAGCUUCCCUUGCAAAAUGAUUGGAUAAUCAGAGAAUACUUCUUUAAUCGUAGUAGCUUUGAAUAAUUUUUUAUUACCCAAAAAAAUUAAUCAUGUAAAAUUAGCUCAUAUUCAUUAUCAACUGAUGAAUAUAAGAUUCCUUAAAUUUAAGAAUUGAAAAGCGAAAUUACAUGUUUUUCAUCAUUCACAUUUGAUAGAAAAAGCAACUCUUUAUUUUUACCAUUGAUUUAUGACGAUGGAUUUGGUGAAUAUUUUUGUAUAUUUGAUGCCAAUUAAAAAUAAAUUAUCUAAGAAACAGUUCACAAAUGCAAAUAUACAAAAGGUCUACUUUCUCAUUAUGAUGAAGAAAAAAAGCAGUUUAUUUUGCUCUUCUUUAAAAAAAUAUAUAAUUCAUGUUAUUUAUAUUUUUAUCAGUUAAAUAUGACAACAAGGUUUGAUUUUAAGUUUAUCAACAUGCACAAAUUCGAAUAAGCUUUCGAUAUAAACUUACAAUCUUAAUAUCUUAAUGUAAAGAAAAGUACAUUCAAUGUAUUAAUACCUAAUAAACCAAAUGUUUUAAUUAAAUUCAAUCAAAAUAAAAAAUUUGAAAUAAAAAAAUAAAUAAAAAAUUGUUUAGCUUAGUAGUAUGAUUAAGAAAAUAAAUAUGAAAUUGAUAGGAAAAGAUAAUAUUUUUUCCUAAAAAACAUAAAGACCUCUUAAAAAAUACUCUAUCUCGGUUAUUAUUCAGGAAGACAAUUUCUUAUUUAAAACAUUCUUAGCCUUUAUGAUGUGAAAUAAAAUUCUGUUUAAUUUAUUAAUAAAGACAUUAUUGUAGAAGAUGAACGUCUAUAAUUAGAACACCAUGAAUUAGACGUUUAAAUACACAUCAAUCAACUAUCUAACGGAAUGAUCUUUAUACACUAUGGAUAGAAUAAAAUUAAAAUUUUAAAAUAUUGA